GGGAAAAGGACGUGCUUCGCGUCACCAUUUCUGGAUAAUAAAAGAUAAAAGAAAUUUCCCCCAAAAAUCAGACCAGUUUUUCCAAAUUUCUCCUCUUUUUUAUUCCAAAAAUUAUAAGUACUUCCCAUGAUUAGCUUCUGGGUUGCUCCAUCUCCUCUGUUCCUACUUAAAAAGGACAAAGCUUGAGGCUGUUCCUUCCAUGGCAGGAGAAGUAUCUCUGCUGAGCGCCUCCACCCAGUGAAGAGAAGAGACUUUGUCUCCCAGAAAAGAGAGCAUAUUAUAAUCUCACGGAACCUAGAUAGAACGUGGAGCGCCGGCCCCGCCCGCCAAUACAGUCACCAUGCUUACCAGCCGCCUAUAGAUAUAGAUGGUAGGUAGGAAUCUAGAGUGAACCUACUUCAAUGCAUAAAGCUGGACUCGCAAAGUCGUGAACUUUGCAUUCUGCGCCUGAGUUUGGAUUUUUGGUUCUGUCUUUUUAGCUUACAUCCUUUUACCAAGGGCUACCUACACUCAGGGACUACUGAUUUUGGAAGACGAGAAGAAGAGAACCAUGAGCGAAAAAGUAGACACGUUUUCUUCUCAACCAUGGUGGGAUGAGAUCAGGCACGAUGCCACAGCAGAUCUGUUGAAGGGAAGCAUGAUAGAUUUUUCAUCAGAUGGAAAUGGUGGUCUGGGGUCUAAAAUCAUCAAUUUAGAAAAAACUACUCCUCAUGACCAGAGCGAUACCCGGAAACUGGCAGGAAUUGAUGUAGUUUCACAGCCAGAUAAGCUAUUUGGAUCAGAGCAGCAGCAUAGGCAACAAGCUUCUUCUGCAUUUCAUCCAACAAGAAGAAGUGACCUUGUUCAGCCUUCCAAACAAGAGUUAAUCGAUCACUCAAUGGCAUGUGGGUCAUAUCAAUUCUCCGAGCCAUACUAUGGAGGAGUUAUGCCUACAUAUUUAUCUCAGUCUCUGCCUCAUCUUCAUUGUCUUGGCAUGCACUCCUCGAGGGCCGUGCUGCCUCUUGGGGUGGCCGAGGAACCGGUUUAUGUGAACGCCAAGCAGUACCAUGGGAUUCUGAGGCGAAGGCAGGUCCGGGCAAAGGCUGAGCUCGAAAAGAAGCUAAUAAAAGUUCGCAGGCCAUAUCUUCACGAGUCGAGACACCUCCAUGCUAUGAGGAGGGCUCGUGGCUGUGGAGGCCGUUUCUUAGACACGAAGAAGCUUGGAAAUGGUAGCUCUGCAGGUAAUGCUUCGACUAACCCGGACAGCAGAGCCAGUACCGAGAAAACUGGUUCAGAGCAGACUUCCUUUGGCUCUUUAAGCUCCGAAUCAGUUCCUUUCAACCUUUCUUUGGGUGAGCCCCAACCCACCGGCCAUGACCAAAUGGGAUUUCAUCUCUUUUCACAUCAUACCUUAUCGGAUAGCAGAGCUGCGGAAUUAAGGGACCCGUGAGAGAGAAUCAUUGGGAGAGGGUUCCCCCAUAACGCCCUGACCAUCAAAUGAGGUCGUUACCCCUUCUACUCAUUCUCUAAUAUGGUGGUCUUACUUUUGUUGCUGUUUGUUUGUUUCUCAUGCUGUCAGCGGAGAGAAUACAUAGUAGCAGUUGCAUAGGUCCAAGUUUGGACAUUCCGAUCCCCUGACGCAGUCAAUUGAGUUGAAAUGAUCAAUCUCAUAUCCUCUGUUUAUGGGCAAAUCAUUCUUGGCUGAGUUCUCUGUUGUCGUGUCUGAGUUAAUAGCAUAUCGCUCAUCUUUCUAUGGCGACAUGGAUUUGGUAUUGAGUUAUGUACAAAGUAAGUUAAGGACAGCAUCUGCAUUCGAAAA